AUGCACUAUUUAUUUAUUGAUAUUUCAAGAGAAUGCAAAGCAGGGAAGGAAAUUAAUAUUCAUGACCCAUUUUUUGAGUCAAUAGUUGGAGUAAAUUAAAUAGAAGAUAGCAAUAAUGAUGAGAAGAAUAAUAUAAAUGUAGAAUAAGAAAUAAUUGAUUUUUAAAAUAGUUAAAAUGGCUAAUAAAAAAUAGUUAAAACCUAAUUAGGCAGUGAUACUAAAAAGAAAUUUUUGAAGGACUACGAUUUAAAAGUAAUGAAAACAGAAGUUUUUUUAUUCAAGGAUAUUUCGAUAAUGUAAAAUAAGCAAGUCUAGGAAACAUUAAAAAGGCAUAUUGUUUAUAUUUUUGCACUACCAAGUGAUUUCAAUCAUGAGGGAUUUUUAGCAAAAGCAUUAGAGAAUUAAUAUGAACAUGUGCAAAAUAUAAGAAUCUUGUAAGAAUUUAAUGGGGAAAAGUAGAAAAAAAAAUCAAUAGUAUUAUAUUUUAAUGAUAAAGAAUCAGCUGAAUCAUUUACAGCUGAAUAUAAUUGUUACACUAUAAAUGAAAAAAAUGAAGAAUAUAUGCUAAUUGUUUCUCUAUAAUUUAUAACAUAUUUUACUUAGACUGAAUAAUUAUAAUAUGCAAUGGAAGAGUAGCAAAAAGCCAAUUUAAUUGAAUUACCUAACUGCCCUUUAUGUAUUGAAAAGUUAGAAAGCUCAGUUUCUGGUUUUACCCUUUCUAUUGCUUUAAAUUUAUUUAUAUAUGAUGUGCCUAGUAGAUGGAGUGAAGCUAAAAAUGCUUGCAAUACAUGUAUGGAAAGAGAUACUUUAUAAUGCCAUUAGUGCAGUGAGUCUGAUUUGGAAGGGCUUUGGUUAUGCUUGAUAUGUGGAAAUAUAGGCUGUGGAAGGUAUAAGAAAGGACAUGCAAAAGAUCAUUGGUAUUAAAGUGGUCACUGCUUGAGCAUGGAAGUAGAGAGUGAGAGAAUCUGGGACUAUUUUGAUGAUAAGUUUGUUCAUCGAAUUAUGAAAGGUGAAAAUAGAAAAACAAUAAUUAUGAAUAAUUUUGAAAAGCAGAUGCCUCUUCAAGAAAGCCUAAGCAGACAAGCAAAUAAUUAAGAUUAGCAAAUAGGUAAUGAAUAGGAAAUUAUUUUAGCGAGAGAAGUCACAUCUUCAAGAAAUUAGCAGCUAUUGAGAAACAAUAAUCAUAUGAUGUUAUGGGAUCAAUGGAAUGGGAUGAAAGAAGCAGAAAUGUAAGAAAACAACUAAGAAAAAUUUAUUUCUGAUAGGGUUGAUAACGCCAUAUGGGAGUAUUGCUAUGUAAUUAGUCAUUAAAUGGAGGAAUAGAGAAAAUUUUUUGAAAAAAAAUUGGAGGAUGUCACAAGAAAGAGCGAAGAUGUAUAGAAGGAAAAAGAGUCUGAAAUAUUAGAAUUAGAAAAUGAUAUGAAAAUAUUAAAAGAAAAAAGAGACAAGAUUAAAAAGUUAAGAGAAGCAAAUGCAAAGAAGCAAAAAACUAUUUCAGAUAAAAACAAGGAGAUGGAAUCUGAUAUUGAGAAGCUAGAACUUUUCAUAAAGGGCAUAUAAAAUAACAUAUAGCAUUUUGAAUAAAAGCAGCACCAGUUAUCACAGCAAUCCUCAAAUAUUUAAAGUGCUCAAGAUACAUAAAUGAUAGGAGAUGGAUAAAAGCUCAAUAAUAAAUUCUCGUCUGCUCUUGAGCAAGAAAUAUUAUAAGAAAGUUAAAAAUUAUAACUAUUAGAGUAGUAAUUGGCUAGCCUAUACGAAAAGCUUUAAGCAGAUUGA